AUAGAGCGAGUAUGAGAAGUAGAGACUUGUCGAUAAUAACGCCGUUUUUAUUGAACAUUUUUAACAUCAAGUAUUUUCUGUGCAUACACUAAUCGUCUUUUGUGGAAGAACGGAAAAAGUGAAGUGAUAUCAGCUAUAUCUGUCGUUUUACAGUUGUUAAGCGUUUAAGUUUUGUAGCUAUUCUUUCUAUUCGCUAUAGUUUGCUCGCCUGAAAGCGGCUUUACUAUGACAGAGGACGCACGGUGUUGGCACCGUUUCGAACAGUGACAUAUUGCACGGUGACAGUGUUGACUCUGUGGUCAGUGCAGAUUCGCGGAUAACGUGAACCAGUGCCUUCAAGUUCAGACGCAGCUCUCUCGUCUCAUAAGCGUCACCGCAGCAGACCAGACAACAUCCAUCUGAGACUUGCACGCUAUGGUUUGCAGUGUGGUCGAAAGAAGAAACUAGCCACUCCUAUAUAACUAGUCAAUAACAGUAUUGCAAUUUAAAAGGCAACAUUUUUUUAAUUAAUCUUUUGACCACAUCCGCACCGCUGCGAUGCCGGUGUUACGUCUCUCCUGGAACCUCAUAGUGGGGUUCAUGCUGUUCCUUCUGGUGUCCAGUGACGUUGUGAACCAUGACCCUGUGCUGUUCUCCACUUCACUGGACCCGCCCCAGUCCUCCCAGCCAUUGGAUAUGGCUGAGCAGAACGAGAUGAUCUCAUUGGACUCGGAAGGCCCUGCGGCCCCUGGGCUCGUGGGCGGCUCCCAUGAGUCGGGCUUCUCCAGCGAGGAGGCCGAGGAGCCCAAGACCCUGCAGUCCCACUACUCCUGGGAUGAGGGUGGCGAGGUGAACGUCACCAAUUUAGACCCCGAUUCCCCAGAAGGUGACAGCCAAGCCUCUUUCCAGCCCUCAUCUUCCCCAGCGGAGACAACCAGUGACCUGAACUCCUCCUCUCCUGUGGUCCCCCUGGGGGAGUCCCUGGACCCCGACCUGUGGGAAAUUCAGGGGGAGACCAGCGGUAGCCCGGUGGAGCCUGUUUACGGCCUGCCCACCACAGAUUCUGUGUCUCUGACCCACACAACCAGCACAGACUCAGACGCGGGCCUGGUGCGCGAGUGGGGGCACAAUGACAGCCAGGAGACAGCGCUCCCCGACAGCACGGCCACGCUGGAGGAGGAGCAGCUGAGUCACACGCACACCGCCGGCUCCACCCAGCCCACCACCGUCGCUGGCGUGGCUGCCCUCCCGGGAGGAGACCGCCUCCACCCAGACUACUCUCCCACGGAUGAAAGCGAGGUGCAGGACGUGGCCACGGUCCUGACUGCGGUGCAAGAAGGCGGAGAGGAGGAUGGCUUGGACAGCUCGGAGAGCUUGGUGCACCAUACCCCUCUCACCACCGUCCCCUCUUCCUCUCCGUCCUCUUCCUCUCUCCCCGACUCUGUAGCCUUCACAGACGUCCCCUGGCGCGAAGUGUCCACCACUGGGCACCAGGGCCAACAGCCAGAGCUCAGACAUGGGGGGACCGACUUCUUCUCAGAGGCUGAUUUCAUGGACAAACAUCCACCUCAUGAGUCACUGCAGGUUAUCUGUGUUGAUUGGAGAGACCUCACUGGGAAAGGCUAUGUCAUCCUUAACAUGUCAGAAAACUUUGAAUGUGAUGAGUUCCGGGUGGAGAGCGGAGACAGGCUGCUGGAGAUGCUGGAGACAGCCUUCUCGAGAAAGAUGAACAGCCCCCAGGGGUCCUGGCUCAUCUCCCUCAGCAAGCCCACCAGACAGGACCGACAGCUGCUCAUGACUCUGGCGAGCGAGCAAGGGGUGAUUGCAACAAAAGAUGUACUGUCAAUGUUGGGAGAAAUCAGGAGAGGUUUACAUGACAUUGGCAUCCAGAACUACACCAGUGUCACCAGCUGCCAGUCCCGCCCCAGCCAGACACGCAGCGACUACGGCAAGCUGUUUGUUGUUCUGGUGAUCAUUGGGUCGAUCUGCGUGGUCAUUAUUGCCUCUGGACUCAUUUACAUUUGCUGGCAGCGCCGCCUCCCCAAGAUGAAGAAUAUGUCACGUGGCGAGGAGCUCCAUUUUGUGGAGAACGGCUGUCAUGACAACCCCACCUUGGAUGUCACCAGUGACAGCCAAUCAGAAAUGCUGGAGAAGAAGCACAGCGCAAAUGGGGUGAUGGCAGGAGGCGGCAGCAGCAGCGGCUGGCAGGUCUUGGUGAAUAAGCCAGGAAAAGAGGAAGCAGAGAACCUGGAGGAAGAUACUCACCUUUAAUAUGGAGAGGGGGAAGGGUGGAGGGGAGGGGGAAACAAGUCACAAAGCAACGCAUCGAUGACUGAGAUCACAGACUCUCCCAGCACGCAGCUGAGCCAGCUCUCUGACACAUCCGCAAACCCAAAACUCAGCUUAGAGACUUCUCGGGGCAAGUCAAACAUAAUAUCUAUGAGAAUAAUUACUAAUAAAACAAAGACUACCAACUUGCUUUGCUUUUUUUUUAGCAAUGGGGCAUGGUUCUAAAGGCUACCAUAAAAAUAAACUAAUAUAAUGGAACUGCAACAAUGUGCAAACAAUGUAUAAGUGUUAACAAAUAAAUUUGUUUUUUUUUUAUGUUAAUAUGAAUAAUUGAAUGAAGGAAGCCGAUAAAUUGUAUUUGAAUGUUGAAUUUAAUUGCAUAUGCUUUGUGUCCUCGUUGUGCAUUACAAUGGCUGUUUUGAAGGAAGGAGGGUCACACUACUGUUUGUUCAAAACAAUCACUUCAGAACCUCCAGUGGUGACACCUGUCACUGACAGCCUCUUUUACAAUCAAAAUGGACCCUAGCGAAAUCACAGCAGAGGCCUGACCUCUUUCCCAACAAGAUGACAGCACUUAUGUACUCCUUACCAGUGAAAGUGAAAUAUAUUUGACUGAACUGAGUUAUUUAUAUGCACUGCAAAAUACUUUUUGGCUGUAAUUGUAUCUUAUUUAGUUUAUAAAUAUGAAUGUUAUUUGACUAAGGUAAUGCCUCCAGUAUGCUAGCAUUGAGAUAAACUGAAAAGUUUUUUUAAAGAACAAUCAAAAAAUUAAGGCGGCGAACAUACUAUUUCUUGGUAGCAUUCCGACAGUCGGAAAGGUGGGCUUGUCUUAGUAUUUACUGGUGUUUUGCUGUGGCCUGCCUCUUUGCGCAAAGCAGUAUAUGUAGGUCACAGCUUUGUUGCACAUCUCUUACAGUGUUCUUGAAUAUAACCCUUUGAACUGUGUAAAGAUGUACUUAUGUUUUGUCUGAAAGGCAGAGUAUCCAAAGAGUAAUAAUUUCUGAACUGGAACAGAAGAAAUGGGAUAAUAUUUUUCACCCAGACGUCUAAGGCUGACACUACUUUUGUAUUGGUGUUAGGAUGCAGCGAAUUGCUCUGUGUGGUCUUGGUCGUUGCUUGAGCAGAUAGUGUUUAAGAGUGGUUAUUCUGUACAUCUAAACACUGUUUUACUGUGCACUUACCAGCUAUAGUAUGGUUUGUUCAAUGCAAUGUUAUUUCCAUUCGAAAAUCUGAGUAAAAAAAGUGUAAAUGUAGCAGUAUUGUGCAAUUUCAGUUGUCUGUUUUGGUCACCCUGUAUUUCUUUCGGUUUUAAGGGCUGCAGCUAUGGCAUUUGUGAUAUCCAUGCUUCGAAGAGCCACUGCAUAAUUGCACAUUUUA